AUCAAAAUGUUGUCAUUGCAAACUCAUGUGUCUAUCCUCUCCGUCUCUCUCUCUCUCUCUCUCUCUCUCUCUAUCCCCGCAGCGGCGAAAGGUUGUAUUUCUUUCCGAGUCGAGACGGUUCGUUCCGAUCCAUCCGCUAUUCGCUAGGCUUACAGCGUGCAAGAAUCUAUUACAGGGACAAACAACAUGGCAAAAGAACAUCAAUAUAGGAGGGGUCGACAACAAUGAUGGGGACACGAAGGCAACGUAAAAGGCAACCUAAGGACGACAGCCAAAUUCAAGACAGGAUCAGUGUAUUGGCCGACUGUCUUCUCAUUCACAUACUGUCCUUUUUGAACACCAGAGAGGCCGUUCAAACAUGCAUUUUAUCCAAAAGAUGGAUCAAUCUCUGGAAGACUCUUCCCACUCUUACAUUAGAUUGUUACCAAUUUAGUGAUUGCGAAAUCUACGAAAAUUUCCUGUUUAUGUUUUUGUCUCUUCGCGAUCACUCAACCGCUCUCUCUGCUCUCCUUUUGCACAACAAUCAUUUUGAAAACAUUAGCCUAUACCAAAUGGUUAUAGAAUAUGCUUUCACACACAAUGUCCAACACUUUAAAAUCAAUUACACUACUGCUGAACUCUUUUCGCCGUUCUUCUUAUCAUCGCACACCUUAACAUCUCUUACUCUUACUGGUGAAGAUCUAUUGCUUCCCGGUCCUCGCUUUGACCAAAUAUUUCCACAUUCUCUCAGUUUCCCAACAUUAACCACUCUGUCUCUAAAGCACCUCGUCUUUGGUUGCAAUGAUGAUGGUUGUGUUGAUCCUUUUUCCACAUUCAACAUGUUGACUACUUUGAUCAUUGACAAAUGUGUACUUGUUGACAAUGCACAAAACCUUCGCAUUUCAAGUACCAAGCUUGUCAAUUUAACUAUAUGUGUGUAUGAUUUCUUGUCUGGUUGCAAUCCUAGAACUGCCGAUUUCGAAAUCUAUUUUGGAAUCGAGUUAUAUGCUCCAACACUUCAUUCCUUUGAUUUUACCGGUGGUCAUUAUAUUCCAAAACUUUUUGGGAGCAAGACCGCUCUCUCUUCUAUCAAACAUGUGAAUAUAAAUUUAAAGCAAACUAUGGAGGAUAGCUUGUGGGAGAACCCAUCAAUUCUAUUCAAAUGGUUGGUUAAUCUUGUUAAUAUCGAAUCAUUGACCAUCACUAAACCUGCUCUUCAGGUUCUUUCCUACGCUCAUGACGAUUUAUUGAAGGUUGACUUCCCUUCCUUGUGUAACUUGAAGUCACUGAAAUUUAAUCAGAUCAUACGUCCUCCAUUGGUGACUGUCAUUGACUUUUUGCUUCAAAACUCACCUUCUGCAAAGGUUGACUUCAGGUGCUUCCAACAACUUUUUAAAGAUAGAUUGUUUUGGUUUCCUCGUCGUCUCUUUGGACAAGAUGGUGAAGGAUACCGAAGUUUUUCAAAGUAUGGAUGCAUUAUUACAAGAACACUUUUGCUUAUUUCUCUACUUGCUAGACUUAUUUAUGGGUGUCUUAUGAUCCACGUAACCGACCCGACUUAGAGGGAUAUGUGGUUUGGUUGUUUUUAGUUGACUUGCUAGACUUUUUUAUUUUCUUGCAUUUUACUAUAUUAUUAUUUUUAGUUGUCUCGAGAAUUUUUCCUUUAAUUAUAGUUUUAGGCAUCAUCGACGACAUUAGUGUAUUUUAGAUGAGGGAGAACGGUGGAUGAAUGAUCAAAGUAAAUUAUUUAGAUGAAAGAGAAUUAUUGGCUAA